GUAUUUUGGUCCAAAACGUCCCUUUAUCCAACAAAUUAAGAAAGUUGAUUUCUUGUGAAGGCGCCUUCGAAAGCGAAGUUGUGAAGGCGUUCGAAAGCGAAGUUGUGAAGACGCAAUCGGAAGGAAGGAACUCCCUUCGACUCAUCGAAGGGCUCACUUUUCUUCUUCCAUUAUUGGGAACACCGACGACCCUUUUUCCUCUGUUAUACUCUUUCGCCAAAUUGCACCAAUUUAGUCUGUGUAUUCAUAUACUUACAUACAUACAUAUAAAUAGAAAGUUUAUCUUUUUCUUUGAAGCUGCCUACUCUGAAAAUGUUGGGUCAGAGGAGAGUGAUGACAUGGAGGCGGGUGGGCAAGUCUCUGCACGCUUUGGCAGCCCAUGGUUUACUCUUCACUUUCACAAUUUUACUCGUCCUCAAGCUCCACCGGGCCGUUCGAUAUCCAUGGUGGGUAGUAUUUUCCCCUCUGUGGCUUUUCCAUGUAGUUGUUGCACGAGCUAGGUUCUCCUUACCAGCCCCAUCUCUGCCUCGUGAUCGCCAUUGGGCACCUUAUCAUGCUGUCUUGGCAACUCCACUGCUUGUGGCUUUUGAACUUCUUCUUUGUAUCUAUCUUCAAAACGAUUAUGUUGUCACAUUGAAGAUUGUCUUUCUGCCCCUGCUAGCUUUUGAAAUAGCGACUUUGGUUGAUAAUAUCAGAAUGUGUAGAGCUCUAAUGCCUGGAGACGAAGAAAAUAUGAGUGACGAUGUGAUAUGGGAGACCCUUCCUCACUUCUGGGUUUCAAUAUCUAUGGUGUUCUUCAUUGCUGCGACAAUAUUCACUCUUCUGAAGAUAUGUGGUGAUGUAGCUGCUUUAGGCUGGUGGGACUUAUUUAUUAACUUCGGAAUUGCAGAGGGAUUUGCUUUUCUUGUUUGCACUAAGUGGUAUAAUCCAGCAAUACAUAGGCAUUCUCAAAUCAGAGAAGCCUCUUCAUCUUCAUCUUCGUCUUCUUCUUCAACUUCAGUUAUCAGAUAUCUUGACUGGAACAGAGGUUUAGUAAUUUCUUCAGACGAAAACCAGCACCAGAGUGGGAUAUGUGAUUUGCAGGAUAUUGGCGGACAUAUUAUGAAAAUUCCUGUGAUUGUUUUCCAGAUCCUGCUUUUUAUGUACUUAGAGGGAACACCAUCAGGCGCUAGGCAUCUCUCAGUUCCUGCAGUGUUUUCUCCUCUUCUUUUACUGCAAGGAGCUGGGGUUUUAUUUGCUACAUACAGAUUUGUGGAGAAAAUUGUUAUUCUAGUUCAUAUUGGUGAUUUUGGAAGAUAUAGUGGAUCUAGAAGAUAUUUUUCCAUAGCAUCAAAAGUCCAAGAUUUUUUUGGGUUCUUGCAUCGCGGUUCAAGAUUGCUGGGUUGGUGGUCAAUUGAUGAAGGAAGUCGAGAGGAACAGGCUAGAAUAUACAGUGCGGGGAAUUCAGGCUAUAACACUUUCUCAUCUGAUGUUGUGAAGAAGAUGCCUAAAUCAGAUCUUGUUGAUGAGAUUUGGAGAUUACAAGCUGCACUAAGUGAGCAAACAGAAGUUACAAAAUUGAGUCAACAGGAGUUUGAAAGACUUCAGAAUGAAAAGAUCCUUUGUAGAAUAUGUUUUGAAGACCAGAUUGACAUUGUCUUGCUUCCUUGUAGACAUCACAUUCUUUGUAGAACAUGCUGUGAGAAGUGUAAAAAAUGCCCCAUCUGCCGUGUCAUUAUUGAGGAGCGAUUGACUGUAUAUGAUGUGUAGCUUAGAAGUUGUGACACUAGGUGAGCAAUAGAUAUUUCUUUUUGAAUUAUAUGUCAACUGUUUGUGAUUUUAGUUGAAGCAAGCACUCGUAGGGUUGGCAAAUACAAUGUCAUAGUCAUAAUUCAUUGAUCAUCUGAUAGUGUUGAAAGAAUUGUAAAUAUCAUUCAAUGAACUGCAAUCACAGUACUGUUGAUUUGAAGUCUGUUCUAUAGCACUAUAUACCAACAGGCUAUAUACGCUUUACUCAAAAAUUUGUCUGACCUUUUUUUUU